AUGUGUAUAUCCAACCAUUAAAUAUAACAAACAGCAACAAACAACGGCAAUAGCGAACGGCAACUACGAAUAUAGCUAAAUUUUUAAUCAGGGAUUUAAGAAAACAACAACAAAAAAAGAAAAAUACAUUUUCAAUUACAAUAAAACAUACAAUCAACUAAACGUAAGCAUUGAUAAUGGGUCGCCAUAAGGAUAAACCUCGAAUGAUCCCCGAACAAGAUAAACGUAUAUGCCGUGCGAUUUGCUUAUGUCAGCUAACCAUGGUAUUGUCUUGCGUUUCGAUUGUCUAUUUAAGUGUCGCCAUCUAUUCGCCCUCGCUUAAAGCCUUCAAGUCGGGCUUUGAAUUAGAGCCAGUUAUGUGCCAGACUAUAGACCGUCAAAUGCCGAAUGCCCAAUGUCCGUGGGCGUCAUGCGGCGAGUGGUGUUUAACUCGUACCAGCGGUUUUUGCCCACAAAUACAUUCAGUAGUGCGACGCAAUGGCACCGAUAUACAAUUAAACAAUUGUAGCCGCAUCACCAAUACUUCUUGUGCUAUGAUCGAUAUGAAUCGCUUAAAUAAAUUUAAUUGUAAUAAUGGAACAGCUUGCAACAAUAUACAUGGAGUAUUUAAUUGUUCUAACGGGCACUGCAAAAAUAUGUCAGAGUUCUUUUUGUGCCACCAUAAGGCUGACGGACCCACCAUUAAUUCAGCGAAAGAUAAUACGAAAUUGAACGGUUUUUUUGAAUGUCACGGUAUACACUGUACGAAAAUUAAAAAGCCCUUUAGUUGCGAUCGGUAUUGUUCAAAAAUUACCACAGCCCGGAUUAAUGUCUUACUAAUGCAGGAUGAUAAUGUUAUAGCCGCCGAUUGUGAAAAUAGCGUCGCCUUCAAUGAAGCUCGCGGUAAUGAACAUGGCGUGCGCAUUAAUCCUCUUGAAUUUUGGAAGGAGGAUGAUGGUCAUUUAUUAGCCAAUUGUGCUUCUGUUCUUAAAGAGAAUGAUAAGAUAAUCGCUACCGAUUGUAUAAACGGUACUAUUUUGGAACCAAAUGCUUUGCCAGAACCUUUUAUGAAUUUUACACAAUUUUGGAAAAUCUAUGAAACAAGUUUGGUGCCUGUAGAUGUUAAACAAAAAUUCUUACCUAAUCAAGCAAACUUGACUAUAUAUCCAAACAAAAAGUUGUUAAUUAACUUGGAAGGAUGCGUGAAUACGCUGAGAGGUGAAUGUAAAGAAUUUGUCGCUCGUUAUGGCAAUGACGGUGACAAUAAUACCGCACAAUCAAGAUAUCAAUGCUAUUAUAAUAAGAAUCCCGCAGUCGAUUUUGUAGUAGCUCGUUAUGAUUUAAGUAAAGUCUACCGAGAGCUGUUGGUUUCACUGAUAGUACCCAUCGUCCUGUUUAUUAUAUCCUCAAUGUCCUUAAUUGUAAUAACAAAAUCGGUUAAGGUGGGUGACGAUGCUAAAAUGCGUUGUAUCUGUGGAAAUGAUGACUCCGAUAAUGAUGCGGUUUACUCGAAUCGGAAAACUAAAAAGAAUCGUUCGAUUAAAAGACUUGAAGUUCGCCAUGAUAUCAGUCAACUGAAUAAUAUAGAGGAUAUGGAUAUACUGCCAGCUGAAGGCUCUGGAUUGAUUGGCAGCACAAAAUCUUUAUUACCUUUAAGUCCCACCAAUGAUUCCGGUACCACCGAAAAUACUUAUGACGAUGAAAAAGGAACCAAAUGCGAUUUGCCUGAAAAACCAUUAGUCGAAAUUUAAACGAAUAACUUUUUUUUAUUUUAAACGAAGCAUAGUCGUCUUAAGACGAAUACUUAUUACCACCUCACCAUCUCAAAAAAAAAAAAAAAAAUACAUCAAAUCGGUCUCCGUUAGUGAAGCACAAACCAGUAGAACACCACAACUGUUCUCAAAUUUUUGCUUAUCAUUUUCACAACAGUUAUGAUAAAUAUUUGUAUC